GGAUGGCCUCACCAGAUAGGGAGUCCUGGAGGGCGUGGGGGCUUGGUCUCUGACUGCCAGCAAAAGAAGCCGACAUAGAGGCAGCAGGCGACAAACACUGAGGCAACUGACUUGCCCGAAUUUAACCCUCAGGUUUUUUAAAUAAAAUGCAAGUGCAGGGGCUCGGGACUCCUGGAGCCCCGUGGGGCUGAGCGUGGAUGGUGCUCGGUGUCCAGCUUCACUCCCAAACCGCAUCCCGAGCGUUUGCGGGGCGGAGGGGCCCCAGGGCGACGGCUCCGGAACAGACCCAGGCGGCUCCGGUCAGCAGCAGCCCCUCUGCUUUCUCACAGCGCGGGGACCCCCAUCCCCGCCAGCCCCAUCUCACUGUCCCUCUCAGGUCCGAGGAGACCGUGGAGGACCGCGUGGCACCAGGAGCUGCCAGGAGCCAGGGCGACUUAGAAGAAUCCGGGAACCUGGCGUCCCGCAGGGACGCAGCCCCAGGAGAGGUGAGGCCACCCGAGGGCUGCCGCUGCCAGCAGGUGAGCUCAGCCCAGGCGUCCCCUCCACAACCAGGCCCGGAUCCCUGCCUGGCUCCCGGAGCCCGGACUGUGCCUUCCGCAAAAGGGCUGCGCUCUAGAAAGUGGCCUCCACAGUGCCCUUCCCGGCAGCAUGGAGUCGGCAGUGGCAGCGUUUCUAUCCGACUCUGCGGGGCUGCAUGUGAAGAGGACUCUCCCAUCCCGCUGUCCUCCAGGAGCGGGACCUUUCUCCCCGCAGACUUUGCUGAAGACGCGGCCCCCUGGUCAGGGGCAGAAAACAGAUCCAGGCCGCCCCGCUCCUGCUGGGUGGUGGAGAAGGUGGAGGGCGGGCAGGUGCUAAGUGCUACUGUGAAAAUAAAAAUCAUCAUAAUAAAGAACGAAUGGGUUUCGAAUUUGAGCUCAGAGGUGUUGAGCAGCCUGUGCGAGGCCACAGAGCUCACAGCAGGAAGGACGCCCAUAGUGACAGGGACAUCUGACGAGGGAGCGCCCUCCUCUGGCUGGAGGGUGGGGCAGCAGCAGCAGCCAGGCUUCAGGGAAUGGGGUGAAAUGAGGGCCCCGGGAGCUCCCCAGGUGGAAGAAGCACAGGUCUGGUAG